AUGGGAGGCGAGUUAGGACUAACAACUACAGAUGCGGUGGCUCAAGUUUUGGUAAAUUUCUGUUAUUUGAAUGGGGAAACACGGCACAUUCCAUUCCAGCUCUGGAACCUUGCGAAGCUUCUGGCAACUCUUUCAGCUGCACCUGCAUUGUUUGGAGGCGGCCUGCUUUGGUAUGUGAUGUACGAUCUUACUGACUACUACCUUCACCAUGCUAACCCAACUACAGCAGUGACCAAAAACCUCGAGGACAAGGGGUUUGGUGUAACUUCGUCGCUAUGGGACAGUGUUUGGUACCGUUAA